CUAUUUGCUAUUUGUGACAGAAGCAGGAACUUCAUAAAAAUUGAUUUUAAAUUGAAAAUUAUUUUGAAAAAACAUGGAAAAUUGUGAUGAAUACGAUACUGGUGGAGGUGAUGCUGGGACAACAAAGGGACAACUCUCAGAAGAUAGCCUCAAAACUGGCUUUAUACCAUAUGUGGGCAACAAACGGGAUGUGACGAUGAAACUUCCACACAUUUUUGAUAUACGCAGUAAACUUCGAAAGGAUAGGCUACAAAAGAAACUGAAGGAUAUGCCCCAGGGAAAGGAGAAAGGCGAUAUUGAGCUACAACUGGAGAAAAAUGAUAAAUGUUUGCAGGACCUUUUGGAUUUUGGCAAUGAAUUGGUGAACAACAUCAAAGCGGCCAAUGAGCAGCAGGAGCUGUUGCAGUGCCGCAGUAAAAAGCAGAGGGAAGAGGACCUCCAGCUGACACUGCGCCACGAAGCCGAGGAAACUUUAAAGCUUUUCGAUGAAAUCAAUGCCAAAUGGUUGGAAAUGAAUGAAAUGCGUGAACCCAUGGCCAUUUUCGAAGAGACGCAAAAACAACGCGAGAGCAUAGCCCAAAUGAUGAGCAGUAAGGAUGAACUGAUCGACAAAUGCCAAGAGGAAUUGAGACGGAUCAAUGAAAAAUACAAUGCCGAUCAGCAGAAACAAUCACAGGAUGUUUGUUUCCUAGUCGAGAGGAUCGAUGAUCAAAUUGAGCUGCUGAAAAAAUCCUACAAAGAAAAUCUCUACGAACUUCAGGAGGCCAUCGAUACGGAGAAGAAAAAAUUGCAUCAAGUCUCCCAAGAGAAAUGGUCGCGAAUGUAUGAAGAUCUAACGGUAAAGGAGCAGGAGAAAAUGGAAUUGGUGAAGGAAAAACAAGAACUUUAUUCGGAAGAAUUGGAAAAGAUACGCACCAAACAGGAGGAGAUAACGCGCGCAACGCGUAUACGCCUGGAAAAAGAUGCUGAAAUGUUGGAGCUGGAAAUUCGCAAGACCCGAGCAAAUAUUCUUAUAAAUUCUGAAAAGAUCGACUACAACUAUCAGGUGUUGCAGAAACGCAACGAAGAGAACAUCAUCAUCAACAAUCAACAAAAACGUAGGGUUGCCAAGUUCAAUGAAUCGAUUGUUUUGCUCAAACGGAAGCUGGAAACACUGAAGCAGAAUAAUCAUCAAGUUAUGCAACGCUAUACGGAGGAGAUACAAAAGUUGCAUGCCAGCAUCAAUGAGCUACAGCUGAAGGCGGAACAUUUUCAAAAGAGCAAUAGGAAUAAGUUCACCAAAGUCUGGAGCAUGCAUUUCAAGGAAUUGAAGGAUUUACUGACAAGUGUCUGGGAUGUGGAUAGGAUAUUAUAUGAACAGCAGUUGGCCAGGAAGUGGGAGAGACCUGCAGUAGAUUUGGAUAAACUGGACUAUACCAAGCCAAAGAAGAAUGCUUCAAAGCCCAAAACAGCUCCCGCCUCAUAUGGACGCAAUCGACAUCGCCUGACAUCCGGCACCUCAAAAUCCCAGAACAAAAAAGUCAAUCAAAGACAAUUAAAUGAUAUUUUGCAAAAAAUUUCCGAUCGUGCUGGAUUUUUGAUUGAAGAACGGCUCUUUGAAAUAUUAAAACCCUAUACAGAUGAAGAGAAAUGUUUGGUGCGAAUUGAGAAUAUAUUUUCGGCCUUACACAUAACCGAUAUUGAGGUGGUCAAUAGUUUAAUUACCUAUUUUGAGCCCUACUCCUGGUGUCCAAAUUGUUCGGAGGGUGUGAAUCAGAAAUCCCUGAAAUCGUUGUAUUCUUUUAAGGACAAGGGGGAGGAGGAGGAAGUGAAAGAAACUGAAACAGAAGAGAGCUCAGAGGUCUCCUCCAAAGCCCCCUGUUCAAAUCACAUUCUGGUCAUGGAACCGGCCUUGGUUUUGACAGCUCUCAACGAAUUUACCCGCCACGAACAGAUCAGAGGCAAGUCCGCCAAUGUCAAGGAUCACAAGAAAGAUCUGUGCCUUGAAACCGAAAUGGAUCUCCUGGCCUUGGAUGAGAACCACAUACGCAGCUAUUGGCAACAAUUUGCCAAUUUUAUGCCUCAGGAUAAACAAAAUCUCUGGAAGACCAUAGAACACGGUUUGAAUCACUAUUUGGAGGUAUUGAAGAAACGUUCCCAGCUGGAUGGCGAGUGUGUUUUUCUGCAGAAACAAAAUUCGGAAUUGAAAUAUUUAUUGCAGAAAUUGUAGAGAAUAAAGGAGAAAUGUGAGAAGGAGAAUUAAAAAAUUGUAAAGAUUUCAAAAUCAA